AUGGUUAAAACUCUGCAGAAUUUCAGGGUGCUGGUGUCUAAUUUUUCGAAGGAGCAACUCAGCCGAUAUGAAAUGUACCGAAGAACCGCCUUCCCAAAGUCGGUCAUUCGAAAAAUCAUUCAGCAAGUGGCUGGAGUCAACGUUAGCCCAAACGUUGUUAUAGCAAUGGCAGGUAUUGCCAAGGUAUUCGUCGGCGAACUUAUAGAGGAAGGUAAGCAAAGACGUACGAAACCCUUUUCUUUUGGCUACCUCGUUCUUUCAUAUUGAUC